GAGGCAGCGACUAACGCAUACUAGCGUACUAAACAGUACGCCGCCCUAGGUGUACCAAUAGGUAGCGUACUAUUUAGCACGCUAGUGUGCUCCCGGCUGUUUGAGCUGAAUGUAGUGGGAUUGGUCGGAAAAUGACGGUGGCUUUAUGGUCGGAGUUUGUUUUAUGCGAGGCGGCUGCUGGAAUUUCACUGCUCCAGCCAAGGAAAAGUUAUCCUUUUUUCCUCCGGGUGCAAUUCGCCUAAGCGUUGCUGUUUUUAAAAACACAUUCCCAGAAGACAGUGUCCGGAGCUCAUCUGUGUUGUUUGGGAGUAUUUUUAUUUAUUUUUUCCUCCACGAUGAUAUUAGCGGCUGAGCUACCUGGCUAGCUGUACUUAUUAGCUCAAGGCUAGAACCCAGCUAACGGACUAGAGCGGUUAGUGCAGUUAGCUUCACUAGACCAGCUAGCACGACUGGAUUAGCUGCGGUUAUAUUACCUAGUGUAGUAGCAGUGGUAGUGGUGUUAAUUAGCUUAGCUUAUCUCAUCUCAGCUAGGUUUAACAGUGCUAACCAGGCUAGCAGGCUGACUCUGUGCAGCCGGGUUAGAGAGGUACAGUAAGUUCGCUAGCAGUUUAGCUACCAGCUCGGAAAGGCGACCAAAGGCUGGCUGCUGAAUAAUUAAACAGGUUUCUUGACUCGGGGAUAAUGGAGUACGUUACACCCGAUUGUGAUUAGGCCGGCUUGCUCUGCAGUAUGUGGUGUGCCGGAGCCAGCAGUCCCCUCUGUGCGUGUAGCGUCCCGCUCCAUCACACUGCCAUCUCUUAUCCUCCCGUUCUGGUUUGAUGGCGCUCUGCGUUUUUUCAGCUGCCUUCACGCGUCGGCGAUGAACGUACGCGAGGCGUGCUCUUCUCAAACCGGACGCUUCUGAAUCACGAUUUAAAAGGAGGACUUUGACGAGAAGCAGGACCAGGACCGGCACCAGGACUCGUCGACAGAACCCGAGUCAGACGGGAUCAUGGCUUCAGUGUGGAAGAGACUGCAGCGUGUGGGAAAACACGCGUCCAAAUUCCAGUUCGUGGCCUCUUAUCAGGAGCUCAUGGUGGAGUGUACAAAGAAAUGGCAGCCAGACAAACUUGUGGUGGUGUGGACUCGCAGGAGUCGACGGAAAUCCUCCAAGUCUCAUAGCUGGCAACCGGGAAUCAAAAACCCGUACAGAGGAGUGGUGGUGUGGCCCGUUCCUGAGAACGUGGAGAUCACGGUCACCCUGUUUAAGGACCCUCAUGCGGAGGAGUUUGAAGAUAAAGACUGGACCUUCGUUAUCGAGAAUGAGUCUCCGUCGGGUCGGAGAAAAGCCCUGGCCACCAGCAGCAUCAACAUGAAGCAGUACGCGAGCCCCAUGCCCACGCAGACGGACGUCAAGAUCAAGUUCAAGCCUCUUUCCAAGAAGGUGGUGGCGGCCACGCUGCAGUUCUCGCUCUCCUGCAUCUUCCUGCGAGAGGGCAAAGCCACAGACGAAGACAUGCAGAGUCUGGCCAGUCUGAUGAGCAUGAAGCAGGCCGACAUCGGCAACCUGGACGACUUUGAGGAGGAGAACGAGGAGGACGAAGAGAACCGUGUCAAUCAGGAGGAGAAAGCCGCCAAAAUCACAGAGAUAGUCAGGCAGUUAAAUGCCCUCAGCAGUAUAGAUGGAGACGCAGAUGAAGACCCAAAGCACGCCCUCAAAGCAGCCUGUUCUCCUGCAGAGUUGAUCAGUAAGCUGAACUUCCUGGAGGACGACGAGCAGGAGCAAAACCUCACCAGCUCCAACCUGUUCGAGGAGGCUGACGACCCUGUGGACCUCAACCCGUUCGGUGACCCUGAUGAGGAGGAAUCGGGCCCAGCACCCGCCCUGGAGUCCACCUUAAGAGACGAGGACUCUCCGAAUCCACUGAACCCGUUUGACGAGCCGGAGCCGGAGCCGGAUCCAGAGCAACCCGAGUACAAGAACCCCUUCGAUGAACCGGAACCGGAGAGCUUACCCCCGAAAGGAAGCGUGAGGAAGCUCCCACGUCCUGUGGACAUGAGCAAAUACCUGUACGCGGACAGCGGCAGGACGGAGGAGGCCGAGGAGCUGGACGAAUCGAACCCGUUCUACGAGCCCAAGGCAGACAGUCCGGCUCGGUCCACGACAGAAAGCACGGCUGCCUUGAAGAGCACCAAACGGUGCGCUCCUCUGCCCCCCUCUGCCCCCUCGGUGACCCCCGCCGGCCCUGCGGUUCCCAGUGAUCCCAAACCAGCUGUGCCUGACAAGGUGUCCAUCACAUGCCCUGCGCUCGGGCCGAGAGCGCUGGUCUCUUCCUCACCAAAGGAGAGUCCGGUGCCCAGUCCAGUUUUGGGAGGAAGGCCGAAUGCCAGUCAUUCGCUGCUCGUCUGGUGCCGAGAGGUGACCAAGAACUACCGCGGCGUUAAGAUCACCAACUUCACAACAUCAUGGAGGAACGGCCUCGCCUUCUGCGCCCUGCUCCACCACUUCAGACCAGAUCUCAUUGACUACAAGUCUCUGAAUCCUCAAGACAUUAAAGAAAACAACAAAAAGGCGUACGACGGCUUCGCCAGUCUGGGCAUCUCUCGGCUGCUGGAGCCAGCUGACAUGGUGCUGCUGGCGAUCCCGGAUAAGCUGACCGUGAUGACGUACCUGUACCAGAUCCGCGCGCACUUCAGUGGCCAGGAGCUGAGCGUGUUGCAGAUCGAGGCCCAGGCCGGCCGCAGCACCUACAAAGUAGGCGACUUCCACACCGACACGGAGAGCUCUGUGGCUCACGACACCUUCUACGCAGAGCUUCCGAACGAGGCGCAAAAAACCCACCCUGAUGCGGAAGGGGUGGAGGCGGAAGACGCCGGGUUCGCAGAGACCCCUGCCUGUACGUCCACAGGGCCGACCAAAACGAACACGGAUCCUUCCCGAGCCGACGCGUCGCAGCCGAAAGACGACGACGCGGCGAGAGAGAGGGAGAAGGAAAAAGAGAGGGAUGGGGUGGCUCCCGAAGGCGGAGCGCAACCGCAGGUCUCCGUUUCACACGCGCACACGCUCGGCUUCAGCUACAACCGAGACACAGACGUGAACACGAAGCGGAGCGCCAGACAGAAUCAAGUGGACGGCACGACGAAAGAGAGCAACUCAUUACAGACCAACCAUAUGGACACGCCCAACAAACACACACAGGAUGCUGCGCCUGUCCCUGCGUCCACCACCAACGAGAAGAAAGUGCAGUCUCGUCAGGAGGAGCUGAAGGAGCGAGCUCGUCUCCUGCUGGAGCAGGCUCGCAGAGACGCGGCCCUGAAAGCCAGGAACAAAACCGUCCCGAGCUCCACCUCACCCACACACGCCCGCCCGCCACAGGUCAUCGACGAGCGUGACGAGGAGAGGCGUAGGCAGCUGAGGGAGCGAGCGAGGCAGCUGAUAGCAGAGGCUCGAUCAGGAGUGAAGAUGGCUGAGUUCCCUCUGCACUCAGACACCUCCGCUUCUGCAGGAGAGUUCAAAGGAAGGUCAAAGGCAGCUGGAGACAUGGUGAGUAGGGUGUGUGUGGUUGGUGAGGAGGAGAGGUCUGAAGAAGAGCAGGUGGCGCCGUCGCCCGAUGAUGAUGUCACUGUUUGUGAUAAUGAGGAGGAGCCAAUGGCCACUUGUCUGCUGGAGGAUGACUUUACUAACUCAGCUACUGACCUGGCUUCUCUGGGAGUGAUGAACAGCAGGCACGUGGACCUGAAGCUGAAGAAGCUGACAGAGUUCCGACCUCAGGGGGGAAGCUCACCUUCGUCCUCCUCCUCUUCCUCAUCCCUCACGGCCUCCAGCACAUCUCCACUCAGCCCGGGAGAUGAGGCCCACCUGGGCUUGCAGAAUAACAGCGAGGAGCUGAAGGCCGAGCGUCUGCGCAGGGCGACCGAGCGUCUCCGCAGCCCCGUCGUCUUCAGCAAGGAAUCAGCCGUGCGCAAGACGCAGCUCAAGUCUUUCAGCCAGUAUGUGGAGAGCAGGCCAGAGGUGAAGAGGCAGAGGUCGGUGCCUGAGGACCUGAAGCGAGCGGGUGAGGACCGGAUCAGCUCCUCAGAGGCGGAAAACCGAAAGCCGGCAGAAGACGAGAAGGCGUUCAGAGACACGAGUCAGUACGUGGUGGGCGAGCUGGUGGCUCUGGAGAGCGAGCAGAGGCAGAUCGACACGCGCGCCUCGUGUGUGGAGAAGCGCCUGCGCUAUCUCAUGGACACAGGGAAGAAUAAGGAGGAGGAGGAGGCCAUGAUGCAGGAGUGGUUCACGCUGGUGAAUAAGAAGAACGCUCUGAUCCGGCGCCAGAAUCAGCUCUCUCUGCUGGAGAGGGAGCAUGAUCUGGAGAGACGCUUCGAGCUGUUGAACCGGGAGUUAAGAGCAAUGCUGGCGAUUGAAGAUUGGCAGAAGACCGAGGCCCAGAAGCAUCGGGAGCAGCUGCUUCUAGACGAGCUGGUCAUACUGGUCAACAAACGCGACGCCCUGGUCCGAGAUCUCGACGCACAGGAAAAAGAGGCAGAGGAGGAGGAUGAGCACCUGGAGCGGACUCUGGAACAGAACAAAGGGAAGAUGGCUAAGAAAGAAGAAAAGUGUGUCCUUCAGUGAUUUCCAAACAGACACUAAAACUCACUAAAGUGUUUACUACCAUUUUUGAGAAAUGUAUCGUUAUUACGAUUAUAAUGAGCGUUGCAUACUCAUGUUUAUUCCAGCUUUAGAGGAAAGUUUGGUCAUCGUUUGCAGCCCAGGGCUGGUGCGUGUUAAUUCACUAACGCCUUUGGGUCUUCUCAGUACCGCGAGAUUACAUUUCACCAACACUAUUAGAUUAUUUUCCGUUUUGUUUUGAUUGUGCUGAACAGGUACGUUUAUGUGUUUUUAAAAACAAACUUUUCUGAAUAACCGAGUCGGAGAGGGAGCUCCGCGACGAUCCACUGACUUUUACUGUUUGUUGUUUCAGACAGACGCAUAGCUUCAAUCAUACGAAUGUGUGUUAAUUUCCCAGUGGAGAUUAGGACUGAACAUUUUGAGGUACAACACAACAUUGUUUCAUGUUAGCAUUUCAAAAAAAAACCAAAAAAAAAAAAACCGACGACAACAAAAAAAAAAAAAUUCAGCAUUUUAUCUAUAAUAAGUCUGAACAGUUUCCGCAUAUCUUCUUUUAUUCCGAGCAGUGUUUAUUACUUAAUGUAUAACUACUUUUUAAAUGUAUAGGAUAUCUUCAAGGGGGAUGUUGCAUUUAAAAAAAAAAAAAAGAAAAAGAAAGGAAGAAAGAAUGAAAGAAAGAAAUAAAACACACAUUGUGUUUUCCUUUUUACAUUUUUGUUUUGUUUUGUUUUUACCAAAAAGCUUGGGAUGUUCCAUAGCUGGGAAUGUUAGAGUGCUUUUAUUUAGACUGAAUGGUUAAGAUGUACAUUUCAUUUCACUGUUUGAGGAGGAAAAAAGAGAGCGUGUGAAAUGCUAUUUCCAGGAGCAGUUUGAGAUCAGAAUUAAUUUAUUGUUGUUUGUCCUUUGCGACGACUAACCAUCUUCACACCCUUGUGCAUUCUCUCAAGGACCUUGUUAAUAUUUAUUGUAUACUUACAAACAAAAAAAAGAAAGAAAGGAAAAAAAAUGCUUUCAUACGCGUCUCUCUCGUUCACUUCGCGUGCUGCUGUCUUAUCGUGUGAACAUUGUUUAUUUAUUCCUAAAAUGACCAGUCAUCAAUAAAACCUGAAAUGCUUUCAUACUCUUAACAAAA